AGACGCCCUCCCGCCAUGCUCCCCCUCCCCCUGAUGCUCCUCGCCUCCCUGCUCUGCCCUGCGGCAGAUGGCUUCGUGGUGCACGUGGAGUCCAGCUGCACGCUGGACGACGACCGGGCCCUGCACGACUUCAGCUACUGCGUCUCCUUCAACAAGAUGGAGCUGGUCUGCUGGGACGAUCGGUCGGGGCGGCUGGAGGUCUGCCAUUUCGGGGUCCUCGCUCCCUGGGCCCAGUUCAUCGCCGCCUACCUCAACAACAACACCGACCUGAUCCGCCGCCUCCGGGACGGGCCCCGGGCCUGCCUCCGUUUCGCCGAGCCCUUCUGGGAGGCUCUCACCGGCCGCACACGCCCCCCGUCGGUGUUGGUGUCGCAGACGACUCCCUUCAACACCCGCGAGUCGGUGAUGCUGGUGUGCUCGGCCUGGGGCUUCUACCCGGGCCGGCUGGCCAUGGCGUGGCUGAAGAACGGGCGGCCCAUCCCGCACAGCGGCGCCCGCCGGGACCCGCAGCCCGCCGGGGACUGGACCUACCAGGCCCGCCUCUACCUGGCCCUCACCCCCGGCCCCGGGGACGUCUACACCUGCCAGGUCCAGCAUCCCGCACGGACGCAGCCCUACCUCGUCCACUGGACGUCGGGGCUGUCCCCGCAGCAGACCCUGAAGGUGUCGGUGUCGCUGCUGAGCCUGGGCCUGGGCCUGCUGCUCUUCUCCGCCGGACUUUUCCGCUGGAGGACCAGAGCGCCCCCAGGUUACGUCCCCAUCUCCGGAUCCAACUAUCCCGAAGGAAGAAACUUUUAGAGAGGAGCCGCAGCUCUCCUCGGCCCCACCCCCGGACUUCGCCGAACCUCCGCCAAAGCUCCCUCCGAAUCAGGGGUGUCUACUAAGCGCUCGCCGGGUGCGAAGCCCCGCGCCGAGCGUUGGGGAGGGGACGGCGGAAGGAAGACACGGGAUCCGCCAAUUCCAGAAGCUCGCGGUCGACGGCCAGAUUUGCCAGCGGGGUGUGCGGGGAGGGGUGAUGGGAAAUUACAGGGCGACUCGGAAUUGGAUACCGUAACUAGAUUCUGUAACUAAUUGUACUCUCCCAAGCUCUCGGCGUUUAGAACGGUGCUCGGCACAUCGCCGGCGCUUAACCAGUACCGUCGUCGUCGUCGUCAUUUCAGUGCUCUGCACACAGUAAACGCUCAAAUACUAUCAAGGAUUGAUUGCACGUUGGCUCCCUGUAAACUCGUAUGGGUAGGGGGCUUGUCUACCAGGUCUGCUGUACUGUCCUCUCCCGAGCGCUUAGCACGGAGGAAGCGCUCAAUAAAUACGAUCGAGGGCACGUACUCUAUAUUCUCUAACUGUUGUACUCUCAAACGCUCAGUACGGUGCUCUGCACCGAGAAAACACUCAAUAAAUACUGUCGAGAUUGAGAUAGCCGAAACCUGUCAAGCUGCGUCGUGCUCUCUCGAAUGCUUAGUACAGUGUUCUGCGCCGAGGAGACACUCGAUAAAUACCGUCGAUCGAUAGACUGACAUAGCUGAAACGGAUCAAGAUGCGUCAGACUCGAGUGCUUAGUACAGUGCCCGGCGCCGAGGAAGCACCCGAUAGAUACUAUCGAUUGACUGGUAAUUAAAGUAGUUCAAGUAUA